ACCUGCCAAAACUGUCCCCAAUCAGAAUUAACUAGAGCACACACCACCCUUUUAUAAGUGAUCGUCACUGAUCAGAGUUGAGCAGAAUUUCACUGUGGCCAUAUAUCUAAGUUAAGAGAAAAAUACCCAAAUCACCUUGGUCACCCGAAACUAAACAAAUUCCUUUAUUUACUUCUUGUUUGUUGUGAUUUACGAAGGCAUCAAGAAGGCGAAGUUUUCCAUGCUGGCCCUUUUUGGAAGAAUUGAACAUUAGGAGGUCAAAAUACUCAGUCUACUGGUCAAAGAAAGGGCCCUUACAUAAAACAUAGAGAGAAAGAAAAUCUAGUUUUAGAACUAAGCGAGCUCUGUGAAGAUCUGAUGGUUGAAAUGGUGCUGUUCCUCACUUGUUUGCUAUGAAUUACUAGCUCUGGAAGUUACCCAGGUGAAGAGACACACUAUACAGUCAUGGCAGAAGAAGUGGAUGAUCUUUAUGAGAAUUCAUACUGCAGAAUCCACCCAGGUCAGUCUACUGUGGGAAUAUGUGCAAUUUGUCUACAAGAGAAGCUUGGAAAGCUCAUUUUUUCUGAAAAACAGUCACUCUUCCCACAGCAAUCUGAAGUGGGUUCGUCUUAUUCAUGCUCAUCCUCCUCAUCUGAGGCUGCAAAGAAAAUCAAUGGAGAAAAUCAUAACGUGGGUAGCAGAAAAAUAACUGCAUCUUUGAAUGAUAGAUCGAAGCAUAGUGGAUCUGCAGAAGGCUUUGUUUUGCUGAGCAGAAGCAAAUCUGUAGCCACUUCAAGAAGAAUAGGCAGCUUAGGCGAUUCAAAUCUGUGCAGCAGCAGCAGUAGUACUAGUAAGAAGAAAGGAACAAAUGGCUCUGCGUCAUUCUGGUCUUUCUUUGGCUUCUCAAAGAAGAAAACCCAGAUAAAUGGUGUUGUUGCAGAUAAAGUUGAAGAGGAGGUUUCAGUUAUAUAUAAUGGAGGGAAAGUCACAAGAUCAAGGUCUGUGGGGUGUGGGAGCAGAAGCUUUUCUGCGGCGGAGAGAUUUCAUCCUGUUCAUUUUGAGAAAAGCCCAGUGGGGUCCUCAAGAAAAGUGGCGGAAUCACAUGAAAAACUCAAGGUUUUGGGUGAAGAGGAAGAGAAUGUUAAAGGUGGCAGUAAUGUGAGAUGUGGGGGGCUUUUUGUGGGGUUUGGAGGCUUGCCUCCUAUAAUGACAUCAUCAUCAACGUCCUGUGCUGCAAUGAUUUCUGAGGGUAUUAAUGGGAGGUGCCACAGCAGGAGCAAGAGCUGGGGAUGGGCAUUUUCUAGUCCUGUAAGGGCCUUCAGGCACUCAAAGAGGUGGAGUAAUAAUGCCAAGUCCAACAAUGAGGAUUCUGCUUCUGUUUCUGCUGCUGCUGCAACUGCUUCAUCACCUACAGGUUCUGCCAUGGAGAUCGACAGAGGCUAAUUUUGAUUUCUUCCUGUAUUGAUUUUUUAUUCUUUUUUGUUUACAUUGUAUCUUAGCAGGGUCGGAUUCAGUAUCAUGGUAUCUCAUUUUUCUCUGAAAAGGAUUGUCUCUUGAUAUUUGCGUUCUUUAAACUACAAUGCAAGCGAAGUCCAUGAAUAUUUGUAUAAUCAACAGCUAGCUGUCCUGUUAUUUGAUCAAUUUUAGGGUUUUUUCAUUUAUGAGUUGGCUUCUCUGUUGCAACUCAAUGGAAGUUAGAUUGCUAGAUAAGAAUGUUCUUGUGUUCAGCUACUGUCUUCAUCCAUUGAUGGAUUUAAUUUUUUUUUUCUUUUGGCCCCUGCUCAUGGAGUGAAAAUCAGAUAGCUGGUACUAGCUUCCAGUUUCUGCAUGUAUGCCUUCGUAAGACAAACAUGCAAUGCAGUUUGAUUGCAUGUGUAGGGGCCACUGAACCUGAUCCAUGAAAUGGGUACAUGCCCUUGACUGGUUUGGUAUCCUUUUUGUGGCUUUUAACUGAACUAAUGAUCUUAUGGACUGCAGAUUUUGGUUUUUACAAAUUGUGACUAGAACAUCUUCACUG